UAGGUUGUUCCUCCCUUGAGGAAUCUUACCCGUCUCUGGCUAACCAGUCAUCUUCCGGGGGAUAGGCCCCAUUUUUAUCCCCAUGUUGCAGCUGGGGACACCGGACACAGAGAAGUUUUGUGACUUGACAGGGUCACACAGCUACAGGGGGCUGUCCUGGAGCACCGGCUGGACUCUGAUCCACAAGGACACAAGGACCUGGAAGUGCUGUCUAGCAUGACUGAAGCAGCCUGUCAUGGCAGAGGUAUGGAAACUGAGCAGGAGAUAGCAUCACUUACUAAAAUUAUAUUCCACAUUUGUGAGACAUAAACCAUGUCCCCCGAUGCUCAGUCCAGGAUUCUUUCCCUGCCUCACCAGCUAAGUGUGUGUGUUGGGGUCCCUGCCAGGAAGGGACAAGGUGAAGGGGCCCCAGAUGUGCCGGGGUUUGGGGACAGGGCCGCCUGCCCCUUCCUGGCUCCCCACACCUCCCUCUGCCACCUCCCUUCAGCAGCCCAGCUGGGCUGAACCAGCCUAGUACUUCUCUGUGUCAGCCCCGGAAGACGGUCUCAGUCCAGCGCUAGUCCCAGCAGAAUUAAAAUAGGCCUGACCUAAAUACAAGCACAAGGCUAGUGCUGAAGAUACAGCUGUGUCAGCAGAAACUCCAGCUGGGUGGGAAACCGGUGUACUUUGGGAUGAACACCCCCCACUCCAGGAAGGCAGCCAGGCUGCAUGACUGUGGACACUGACCAUUUCCUAAGAUGUCCCUGAGUGUGACAAAGAGGUGGGCAAGGGAGGACAACUGCUCCCCUGGCCUGGCUGAUGGCAAGCUCCCGGAGCAGGUCAGGCAGCCCACGGCCUUGCCUCUGUCACCCCAGGGAAACCGAGACUCUUUGAGGGGCAGGCCCUACCCAAGGCUGCGCAGCUCAGGAGCAGCGGGGCUGGGGGGCAGGCCUCUGGUUUCUGGGUGUGAGGAAAAGCAGGGGUGGGCAGUCAAUGGGCUCCUGAAGCAGAAGUUUGCCCAUUCCCCAGGAAGGCCAUGCAGGGAUAAUGGCCUUGACUGGCCCUGGGAUGUCCAGAUGGGCCUGGGUGGGGCUUCUAGGGCUCUGGCAGGCUCCUUUGGUCACUAAAAGGAACCAGCCCUGAACAUGGGCACUAAAGGUGUCCCAACAGGCAGAGGAGCAAACCGUGUCGGCCUGGCAGGGCCCACUUCUUGCAAGGGGCCCUGAGCUCAGAAAGUCUCCCCACUUGGGUAAAUGCUCCUCCCCUGUGGCCAUCCUGAAGUUCUUAAUGAUUUUGCUUUGCAUGUGUGUUGUAAGUGAAAUCCACAGAACAAUGAGCAUGAGAAAAAAUACUGAGGGGCUACUUGGAAUGUGGCUCCAUCUCCAUGCUGCCCGGUUAGCAUACAGCGUUGGCAGUGCCCCAUGGGCAUGGAAUCCCGGGGGCCUCAUGGGGGGCAGAGGCUCAGCAAGGCUCAAAGCAAGUGUAAGGCGAGCAUUGCGUAUCAAGGGCUGCCAACAACCUUGCUUCUGUUCAAACCAGAACUUGCGCAGAAUGCAAAAAGAAGACAAGAUGGGCAGUGGCAGAGUCACGAGGGACCAGGGAACCCUGACACACCCUUUCUCACCUGGUACUUCCCUGCAUUAGCCAAAAUGAUGACAUAGAAGGAAAGGCAGAGAUAGGGCAACUCACAGCCUCUUUUCCCUUCAGUCCUUCCUUCUACAUGAUAAGCAGAAGGCAGAGGGGGCUGGCUUAAUGCAUGCAUAUCCAAAAUGAAAUAAACACAGGUGAGUUUGGGGCAAUGUUUCUACUUUUGGUGUAAGAAUGAAAUAUAUGGAAGCUGAUUUUUCUGCACGUGGGAAUCUCCGUUAUUUUUCAGUACCUCAGGCUGGGGUGAUGUGACUUGAGGAAUUAAUGUAAUUUAUCUCCCAGAGAAUGGAAAUGUGCCAUGCUCCUCCCCAUAUGCUUUCCCCUGGCGUCACCACUUGAGCCCUGCCACUCCUCAUAGCGCACCUGCUGCCCCUGGCCCACUCAGGAUAAUGGCGACCGCAGAGGUACUGAAUGUUGGUAAAAAACUCACGAGUUUUUUACCCUCCAAGUUUUACGAGGGUAAAACAAAAGAAGUCUAUGAAUGGUUAGAUAGUCCAGGACAAGUCCUCCUGAAGUUCAAGGACCAGAUUACAGCAGGAAAUGCAGCCAGAAAGAAUCACCUGGAAGGAAAAGCUUCAAUCUCAAAUAAAAUUACCAGUUGUAUUUUUCAGUUGUUACAGGAAGCAGGUAUCAAAACUGCGUUCAUCAAAAAAUGUGGUGAGACAGCUUUUAUUGCACCUAAGUGUGAAAUGAUUCCAAUUGAAUGGGUUUGUAGAAGAAUAGCAACUGGUUCUUUUCUCAAAAGAAAUCCUGGUGUCAAGGAAGGAUAUAUGUUUUACCCGCCUAAAGUGGAGAUGUUUUUCAAGGAUGAUGCCAAUAAUGACCCACAGUGGUCUGAGGAACAGCUAAUUGCUGCAAAAUUUUGCUUUGCUGGACUUGUUAUAGGCCAAACUGAAGUGGACAUCAUGAAUCAUGCAACACAGGCUGUUUUUGAAAUCCUGGAGAAAUCCUGGUUGCCUCAGAACUGUACCCUGGUUGAUAUGAAGAUUGAAUUUGGUGUUAAUGUAACCACCAAAGAAAUUGUCCUUGCUGAUGUUAUUGAUAAUGAUUCCUGGAGACUCUGGCCAUCAGGAGAUCGAAGCCAGCAGAAAGACAAACAGUCAUAUUGUGACCUCAAGGAAGUAACUCCUGAAGGGCUCCAGAUGGUGAAGAGAAAUUUUGAGUGGGUUGCAGAAAGAGUAAAGUUGCUUCUGAAAACAGAAAGUCAGUGCAGGGUUGUAGUAUUGAUGGGCUCAACUUCUGAUGUCAGUCAUGAAAAAAUCAAGAAGGCUUGUGGAAAUUUUGGCAUUCCAUGUGAACUUCAGGUAACAUCUGCCCAUAAAGGAUCAGAUGAAACUCUGAGAAUUAAAGCAGAAUAUGAAGGGAAUGGCAUUCCUACUGUAUUUGUGGCUGUGGCAGGCAGAAGCAAUGGUUUAGGACCUGUGAUGUCUGGUAACACUGCAUAUCCAGUUAUCAGCUGUCCUCCCCUCACUCCAGACUGGGGAGCUCAGGAUGUAUGAUCUUCUCUUCGACUACCCAGUGGUCUUAGCUGUUCGACCAUACUUUCUCCAGAAGGAUCAGCUCAGUUUGCUGCUCAGAUAUUUGGAUUAAACAACCAUUUGGUAUGGGCCAAACUGCGAGCAAGUGUAUUGAACACGUGGAUUUCCCUGAAGCAGGCUGACAAGAAAAUCAGAGGGGGCAGUUUAUAAGAAAGAAUAUCAUAGCAUUUUUUUCAGGAAAAAAACUAUUUCUAGUUUAGCUGUAGAAAAAAAUCAAGCAAAAUGAACAGAUUUUAAAUCAGUUGAAUAUUAAAUUAGUGAAUAAAUGCUUCUCUAGAUUAGUGGAUUAGUAGAAUAUAUGUACAUAUUUAUUAAUAUUUCUUUGCAAGAAGCAAAAUUACUACAUCUAAAAAUCAUUUUAUUCACUAUAUAGUCAUUGUUAGGUAACAUAAUCAAAUGUUUCUUAAAUGAUAAUCUUAUUAUAGAGCUUUAAAUUACUACUUGGCCUAUAUUUCAACACAUAAGUGUUAGAAAGUUAAAAUUAUUAUAUCUUAGAAAGG